CGUCAAACCAGUUCUCGGCAAACAAAACCAUUGUAGACGUAUUUGAGAUACCAAAAGCUCACACCCACAACUCAGCAAAACUCUCGAAAGCAACCGAAUGUGCACACAUAAGAUCCUGAUGAUGCUGUGUAUGGCGAUGACAAUUGCUUGCCUGCUGCAGACAGGGGAUACAUACCCUUCCAUUGGACAUUAUGGAAAGAGAUUCGAUCCAAUGAGUGGAAUUGAUUUUAUACAGAUUUGUCUCAAUAACUGUGCGCAAUGUAAAAAAAUGUUUGGUGAUUACUUCCAAGGACAGACUUGCGCCGAAUCGUGCCUAAAGUUUAAAGGGAAGGCCAUUCCUGAUUGUGAAGAUAUUGGAUCCAUAGCACCAUUCCUCAAUGCCCUUGAGUAAAUGCUUUUCGAGUUUAAUUCGCACCUUGCGAUUUUAUUCGCAUCCAAAAGAUUAUAUUAAUCAUUAAAAUACUGAACCUUCUGUCACUUUGCGAAACACAUCUAUCCUGUUAAAUUGAUGAAGCUGAAGAUCAUGUAACCAAAGAAGUUUUAACAAUCUGUAGAAAAUAAAUACUAGCACUUAAAGCACAUAUAAUUUUUCACAUUUUAUUUAAUU